CCUUUGGAUACCUCAACCGAUACUGGCCAUGCUGGUUGGGGGAGCCUGGAAACUAUUGUCCAAAACAAGAAACCUGCCCAAAUUCGAGUGUGUGCGAGAGAAAGAGAAAAGGAGAGAAGGAGCUUGAAGGAGCUACAAGACUCUUUAUAAUUGGUGAACCUCUCACUUUUUGAAAAAUGGGGCAGAACGUGACCCCAGGCACACCAACAAAGCUUCUGUUUAUUCUUUCAUCAUAGCAGCAGAGCCGGGUACAUUUGUCACUCAUUCUUAAAAGCUUUGAGGCUGCCUUUGAGUUGAGUUCAGAUUUCUUUACUUAUGCACAGCCUAACAGCUUAGCUGGAGUCCUGUCAUGCCCUCAACUGUGUAUUCUUAUGAAAUGACAGUUCAAACGAAGACCCCCAACACCACCAUACACACACACACCCCAUCACUCAUUUGGGCAGCCCUAUCCUGAAACAAACUGUGUUAUACAAUGUACACUGCUUAGAUCUCUCAGUUUUCUUGGCGAGGACAGAGCUGUGUCCCCGCUAGUCACACAAUAUCAUGUUCCUAAGAUGUUCACUUGUCAAAGAAUAACUGUUUCCCUUGAGCCAACUCAUGACAUCAGUGACACUUGCCAGAUAUUAUACCGCGGAUCAAAUGUGGCAUUCAGAGCUGAUGCCUUGUAGCUGUCUGGACACUUCAUUUUGUGUAUGUCGUAGACUUUACAGGCAGAGAUUAGUUUCUUUGCCUCCUGUUGAAAUGGUUCAAAAAUAGCCAUGUCACCAAACCCAAAUAAAAAUGAGUGACAGAAGAAAAGGUAUUUGAAGUCCACACAAUCCACUCUCAGGCUGUUAGAAAGAGAGAACGUAAAGGUGAAGGCAGCACAUUUCCACACUAACUCCAGAAAGCCUGGUGGAAGAAGCUACUUCUGUAUUUAUUAAAAAAAUGAAGAGAUAUACUGGCUCCAAACGCCAUCAUGUGGUAGUCCAUGAUGCCCAUGGCUUGAAGAAUUUCUGGGAGGAAAUCAUUGAAACACACAGCAAGAGAAAGCAAGUUGAAGAUUCACGAUUGACCAGAAGUGCUUUGAACAAGCUCCGGUGCGAAUGGGCUCAGAGACUGGAAGGUCGAAUAAAGAUGCUUCAGAAGACAAGCGAAAAGCCCAAAGUAGAGGGUAGCCUGCUGCCAAUUGAAACUUUUCAGCCGAUGCAUAAAACAGCAGCCUGAAAUCGUUGCUGAAAUGAAAGAGGGCUUAUCGUUCUCAUGACUGAAUCUAAUUUUGAUCUUGCACACACCGUUAUGAAUGUGAACAGAAAUUCCAAUGGCAUCUAAGGUAUAAAUGAGCAGGGAAGAGAGAUCAAACUCAGUUCAUCCUUUACUUCAAAGUUCAGUAUAGCUCAGAUAAUCACAAAAUCGUUAUGAUUAAGAGUUCCAAGCUUAUGGUUUCAACUAAAAGUAUUGCUAUGUCUCUGUUAGCUUAUCACACUGAUCAAGUGAUAGCUUUAUCAUACUUACAAAGAAAAUAAUUCUUUAUUGCCUAUGUGAUGAUGAUGAUGAUGACAAUGAUGGUGGUGAUGGUGAUGAUAAUGCUUGAAUUUGCCUUAUUUCCUUGUAUCCCUGGAAUCCCCUACCCCUCACCCCACAAACUGUGGGCUUCUUGAAGCUGAAGCACCUACAAUUUUGAGAAGGUCCAGCAUCUUCUUGCAUAGCCUGUGUUGGAAAUAACAAAUGUUCCUUUAGAAUUAGUUUUCUCCAAGUUGAAUUGUCUACUACCAACCCUCAUUUCAGUAAAUCAAUCUGUUAAGAAACAUCUCAAUUUUCCCCUUUAAAGUCUACAAUUCUAAAGUUUCUCAUUUUGCUUACUAUUCACCCAUUGGUCAACUAUAAGGUGUGUAUGAAUUAUAGCUUAUGGGGGUGGUGACCGAGGAUAUGUUAUGAGAUUCUUUUUAAAUAUAUAUUUAAAAUUAAUUUGUAGCAGAACCUUGUGCUUUGCGGUGAUAUGUCGUACUACUCAGAAGUAAGUCUCAUUGACUCCACCAAAUUUACAUCCAUGUAAGUGUAAUAUGCACCCAGGUUAGGAAAGCUUUAUGCUAUGUUCCUAUAGCUGUUUACCUCAGAGCAAGCCUCAUUCAACAUUCUUCUGAGUAGGCCUAUGUAGCAGUGGUCCUCAACUGUGGGUCCCCAGAUGUUUUGGCCUUCAACUCCCAGAAAUCCUAACAGCUGGCAAACUGGCUGGGAUUUCUGGGAAUUGUAGGUCAAAAUACCUGGGGACCACAGGUUGAGAACCACUGCUAUAUAGGAUUGAAAUGUAAGGCUGCAUUCCUGAACAUGUAAGAAAUAAGCCCCAUUUAUUUUGCUAAACCAUAUUGCUAUAUUGCUAAACUGAUUAGAAAAACCUCACCUCAACCCAGUGUUGUGUGAUAGCAUAAUAUAAAAGAUAAAUGGCAGUAGGUGACAAAGAGGAAAACUGAGCCCUUGAAAACAUAGAAACUAUUUGGGAGUGAAGAAGAAACUUAUAUUUUAUGGUAAUUUGUUGUAUAGGGGUUUAGGAGGGAGUUGUAUUAUUGGGAACAUAUAAAGGAAAUGUUAUGUUUAAACUUCUUCAUGGUGUUUCACCAGCUAAGAUGUUACUGGGCUUUCAUAUUGUUCUUAUUCGCAGAAUAUGCUAUUUUAAAAUAAGAGAUGUGGUGUUUUGAAAUGUAAGGUGCUGAAUAUGGUAUCAGUACAGUUAUACUUGAUGCAAAGCCCAUAUUCAUAGAACAUAGCAAUGGAAGAUUGGUUAGUUGUGCAGGUUAUGUAAGGAAGCAGAAGAACUUUGUGGGACUAGGGAUAAUAAUAAUAAUAAUAAUAAUAAUAAUAAUAAUUAUUAUUAUUAUUAUUAUUAUUAUUAUUAUUAUUAUUAAACUUUAUUUGUACCCCGUUAGCAUCUCCUGAAGGACUCGAUGUGGCUUACAAAGGCCAAGGCCUCAACACACAAUAUAACAAUACAAACAAAGGCAAAUUAAAAGAAUUAAAACAGCAUAAACCACAAGCAAUAACAAUACUCUAGAACACAAUAGAACUGGGCCAGGCCAGAGUAAUGGGUACAAGAUUAAAAGUGCUGAUGUGACAGGUGAUAUAUAAGGCUUAUAGGGCAAGUGCAGAGUGCGAUAUGCGAUCUUAAUUCUAAUAAAGUGCUUAUGGGACUUGGUAUUGGAGAUUUCCUAUUAAUCUGGGAAGGCACAUUGGAACAGCCAGGUCUUCAAGUUCUUUCUGAAGACUGCCAAUGUAGGGGCCUGUCUGAGAUCCUUGGGGAGGGUGUUCCAGAGUCGGGGACCCACCACGGAGAAGUCAGGCACCGGAGAUCUGACCAGUAGGUAUUACAUAAAGACCUGUGAAAGGAUAGAAAUGAAAAGAAGGGUAGGCAGAUAGGAAGCUGGCAGGCAGGCAGGCAGGCAGGCAGGCAGGAAGGAAGGAAGGAAGGAAGGAGUUUAGUCCUAAGAACAAUGUGAUUAACCCUGAAUGUAAAUGUUAUUGAGACUGAAGAAGAGAAGUUACAAAAAGGAUGAAAUGUCACUUGAUCACUAAUCACUUGAUAGGCCUCUAAAUCAUCAGAGAAUAACAGACAACUGAAUUUGCAUCAUCUGUAACACAUCUGGUGAGCACAAUUGUCUUGAUAUAACCGAAGAGUAAAGUGCCCCUCCAAAACUAUCAUUGGCAAGAACAUCACAGAUCUGUCAUUUGGAUAUUAUCUCAAAUGUCAUUGUUCUUUUGGGAUGUACACCCCUCAGACUCAGAACUCCCCAGCCAGAAACACCAAUGCGCUUAAUGACAAAAUGUUCUUCAUUUAGUGAUAGCCAGAUUUAAGGCAGAUAAUUUUAUGUUUUAUUUAUCAUGUCAGAAGGGAAUUGAGAAUACAAUUAUAAUGUAUAAAAAAACCACAAACAAGGUUUAAAACUUGGCAUUAUACUACAUUUCCUUUGACCAGAAGCUGACCAUUUUGAGUACCUCUGGUGUUGCUGUAAGAAGGUCCUCUGUUGUGCAUGUGGCAGGGCUCAGACUGCACUGUAGUAAGUGGUCUGUGGUUUGCUCUUCUCUACAAUCACAUGUCGUGGACACCAUUUUAUAACCCCAUUUUGUAAGGUUGGCUCUGCAUCUCGUGGUGCCAGAGCACAGUCUGUUCAGCGCCUUCCAAGUCACCCAGUCUUCUGUGUGCCCAGGAGGGAGUUUCUCCUCUGGUAUCAGUCACUGAUUGAGGUUCUGGGUUUUAACCUGCCAGUUUUGGACUCUUGGUUGCUGAGGUGUUCCUGUGAGUAUCUCUGUAGAGCUUAGGAAGCUAUUUCUUGAUUUAAGGUAUUGGUUUGCUGGGCUGGAGAUGUCAAUGCCUUGGUCCUUUCAUUACAGACUGCUACGCACUUCCUGACAGAUAUCAGGUGGUGCAAUACCAGUUAAACAGUAUAAUUUCUCCAGUGGUGUAGGGCACACACAUCCUGUGAUAACAGCAUGCCUCAGGCAGAGAAUGAAUGGAUGUGACUGCCAUGUAUUAGAAAAGAUUAUAACGAAAGCAGAAAUCUCCAGGGCUAUUCAAGGUUGUUUCAGUGUACAUGAUUCAGUAUAUUUUAUCAUCAAAGAGAAAAAUACUGUUUUGACAAAGGUGUGGAUUACAUUAAAAUUAGAGUCAAGAAUGUCUGUGUAAGUGAGCAGAGAAAUUAAUGUUUGGCAUAGAGACAGCAAUGCAAUUUAUCAAAACAUCCAUGAAAAGCUAUGUCGGAUGCCGAUUGCAAUCCUGGAUUAAUUCAUCCAGAGUGGCUGCAUGAAAGACACAUUUUUGUGGGACUUGUUUUCAUCACCAUCUUGGCAAUGCACUUGAAAGCAAUCAACAGAGUGAUUAAGAAGAGUCUAUAUAUGAUUUUGUGCAACUAUACUGUCUUCUUCUUUUAAUAAAGUAUGAUGAGCAAUAUCAAA